CUGAUGAUGUGUCUACAAACUGCACUUCCGCGUCUCUGCUGUGUUCAGUUGUGACUGGAGUCUAAUUAGUGUCUUUCUAAUGAGAAUACAAGGAUUUUCAUUUUCAUUAUUUGAAUUUUGGAAAGAUCUAUGCUGUCUUUAAUUUGGACUUUAACAUAUUGACCACGAAGCGCGCAUUGCGGGGUCUAGAGACUGGUUUGGUGCCACUUUGACCUGAGCUGUCAGUGGCUGUGAGGGUUUGUGGAAAAUGGACUGUCUUUGUGAAAUUGUGCAAGGUCUUGUUGCACUGGCUGUUCUGGCCUUAGCUGUGGUGUUACUGGUAGCCCAUAUAACUGCUGGAAAAGUGAACAUGACACGCCACGAGAAAGAGAAAUACUUCCUGGGUGCCACAGGGGAGAAACAGAGCUUUCCAAGUCUCCACGAUCCUUUCUCCAUUGAACUAUCUGUAGUAGUACCAGCUUACAAUGAGGAGCUGAGAUUACCUGUGAUGAUGGAAGAAGCCAUGGAUUACUUGGAGGAAAGACAGAAAAAGACCCCUUCUUUUACCUAUGAGGUUAUUGUGGUUGAUGAUGGCAGCAAAGAUAAAACCACACAGGUUGCAAUGCAGUACACAAGGAAGUAUGGUGCAGACAAAGUGCGUGUGUUGACUCUGGUGAAGAACAGGGGCAAAGGAGGAGCUGUGCGAAUGGGAACCCUGAGCUCCAGAGGCAGACUCAUCCUGAUGGCAGACGCUGAUGGAGCCACAAAGUUCUGUGACAUUGAGAAAGUGGAAACUGCACUGAAUGAGAUUAAACCAAAACCAGACAAUAUGGCCAUAUCCUGUGGUUCUCGGGCUCACCUGGAGAAAGAAUCUGUAGCUCAGCGCUCUCUGUUUCGAACAUUUUUGAUGUUCGGCUUUCACUUCCUGGUUUGGUUCUUCUGUGUGAGAGGCAUCAGGGACACACAGUGUGGAUUCAAGCUUUUCACUCGAGAAGCUGCACUCAAGACAUUUUCUUGUCUUCAUGUUGAGCGAUGGGCUUUUGAUGUUGAGCUUUUAUACAUAGCUCAGUGUUUUAAGAUUCCCAUUGCAGAAGUAGCUGUAAAUUGGACUGAAAUAGAAGGAUCCAAACUGGUCCCGUUUUGGAGUUGGCUGCAGAUGGGGAGAGACCUAGUUUUCAUUCGACUGCGCUACAUCACAGGUGCAUGGAAACUGCAGCCAGCACUAAAGACUGAUUAGCCAUAAACAAUUCCACAAACCUGUGAGGGGCCUUUUAUAAUGGCCGAUAAGCCUUAAGAAGGGAGUCAACAACUAUGUCUUGUCAACGUCAAUCAACAAGCAAGAACAUGUCUUAUUCAUAAAAUUGUAAGAUGUGCAUUCUUACCACAGUUGUAGGAUUCUCAUGGUGUACAAAUGCUGGCUUGUGAUGGUCACCGUUACACGCACACUGCUGUUUACAGCACUGACUGAGUUACUUACUGUAUAUUUUUGGCCAAUCAAGUUGUUUUGGGUGUCUUGGUAAUGAAAUGUGAGGGAUAAGAUGAAUCAAGCCCCUGGUAGGGGCAUCAGAUGUUAUUGUUGCUGUUGGGGAAUGUAGCUGAGAACUGUGGUAAAGUGAAGGACUGAAACCGUGAUUAAAAGUUAAAAUAUGAUAGUC